AUGAUUUGAUGCAACAUCCUGUGGAGGAUCGCGGCGGCAGACGAACCCGAUGCCCUGCAGUUGGUGCCUUCGCUCGCUCGCGCGCACGCCCCGCUCCGCCUCGCACUUGACCGAACGCGAGCGCACAGACGCGUCUCCGAACUGUGAGCUCCCGUGAGCGUGUCAUUCCUCCCUCAUCUCUCACACAGGAUCGCGCUCUCCGUUUUAAUUCAAACUGUUGCCACUGACUAAGACACAGCGCGUGGGAGCGAACCGGUGCGCUUUUGGAAACGGCAGAUACAUUUCGCUGUGGAUGCGUUUGUCCGCUGCUCUUCGCCAUUGGAUUUGAUUCGCACAUCACGCGUCUUUCUUCUGUCCAGGAUGGGUUUUGCCGUACUGGUGCUUCUGUGCGCUCUCACCGGGCUGGUGUUCGGGGACAGUAAACCCAAGGCAUGCUCGGACAUCAGGCACUUCUACAACAGCAAGGGGUUCAAUCUGAACGGAGUCCCGCAAACGGAAAUAUCCGGUGAGCACCUGCGGGUCUGUCCUCAGGGUUACACCUGCUGCACGUCCGGAAUGGAGGAGAACCUCCUAAACCUGAGCAGAAUAGAGUUUGAGACACAGGUGAAGGAGUCUGGACGCUCCUUACAGGUUUCUCUCAGCGGCCACUUCAAGAGCUUUGACGAUUAUUUCUUGGAGCUGUUGAAUCGUUCUGAAGCAUCACUCCAGACUUCUUUCCAGAGUGGAUUUGGACCUCUCUUCUCUCAAAUCACAAAGGUGUUUCAGGAUCUGUACUCAGACCUCCGGCGCUACUAUCGAGGGAGCAACCUCAAUCUCGAGGAGGCUCUGAAUGAAUUCUGGGCCCGUCUGCUGGAAAGACUCUUUAAAGCCUUAAACCCUCAGUACAGUAUUGGAGAGGAGUAUCUGGAGUGUGUAGCCAAGCAGUCAGAAACGCUGAAGCCCUUUGGAGACACUCCCAGAGAGAUGAAGACCAAAGUCACACGCACGGUUAUUGCAGCCAGAACAUUCGCGCAGGGUCUGGUGAUCAGCGGCGAAGCCGUCCGGAAAGUUUCACAGGUGUCUCUGAGCACUGAAUGUGUGCGUGCCGUCAUGAAGCUGACGUACUGUCCUCACUGUAGCGGUGUUACCAUUGCCAAGCCCUGCUCAAACUACUGUAAGAAUGUCAUGAAGGGCUGCCUUGCUAAUCAAGCGGAUCUGGACACUGAGUGGAGGAACCUGGCAGAUGCUAUGCUGGAGGUGGUUGACAAACUGAGUCGGCCUUACAGUGUGGAUUCGGUGGUUCUGUCUCUACCAAAACGCAUUGCUGAAGCUAUUCUCUACAUGCAAGACAACCGCAACACAUUCAACAAUAAGGUGCUUCAGGCAUGUGGUUCUCCUGCUCAGGGCUCCGUCAUUGAUGAGCAGAUCAAGCGAGGGAGAAACACAGCAGAAGAAGUCAGCAGCACCCCAGGAGCCCAGUUGGAGAAACUAUUAUCCGAUGUGUCCAGAAUGCUGAGGGAUAUGAUGCAAUACUGGGUCCAUUUGCCCAGAAAACUGUGUGUGGAUCGUGAGUCUGGACCGAGUGAUGUAGACAGAUGUUGGAAUGGAAUGAAUGUGGACAGGUAUCUGCCUGAAGUGAUGGGAGACGGGUUGGCCAGUCAGAUCAAUAAUCCUGAGGUGGAGAUCGACAUCACUAAACCAGACAUGACUGUACGCAAACAGAUCAUGCAGCUCAAGAUAAUGAUCAACCGACUGAAAUAUGCCGUCAAUGGAAAUGACGUGAACUUCCAGGACACUAGUGAUGAUAUCAGCGGUUCAGGAAGUGGAAUGUGUGUCGAUGAUCAAUGUUCCCGUGGUCCGCGUUUAAAUGCCCCAAACACGGACAAACCCAAAGUGUACGCCUAUCAGCCAGGGAUCAAGAAGGAGGUGAAUGGAAGAAGCAGCCAGAACCUUCCUUGCCUCAGCCUCUACCUUCUCUCAUUGGUCACAGUCCUGCUUAGGCAAUAAUUGACAGGCAUUUCCACCAACUGGGACUGAGUACAGGACUGGGUUGGAUUGUGGAGGGGCGGGGUUAGUCACAUUGCCAAAACAAACAUGCAAACAUCAACGCAAACCGGCGAAUGCAUCACUUUUCUUUUGUCUUGAAUAAGAACACCAUGGAAUAAUAUUCUUAGAUCUGUGUACUUUUCUGUCUCUUAUUUGAUAUAUGACACCCCUAGAGCUGGUCUUUUGCUUGUCUUUAUGUCUGUGAUGAAAAGGUCUCUGAGAAUGCUUCCGUGAUAUCUAAAACAAUAGCUAUGAAAAUCCACCCCAGCAAACAAAACAAGCAGGUUUCUCCUUAUUCAAAAAUGAUUUUAGGUUAUAUUUAUUUAUUAAUGAAGACCCAUAAAGAUAAGACGUCUCAAAGCUUGAGAAUGUCCUUCAACACUCGAUCAAAGCAAAUGAAAGAACCGCGUGUUCUCCUUUGUUUUAAAGCUUUCUAAUCAUGAAAACAAGCUUUACUGAGUCUUGUUUUGUGAAGACCAGCUGUCUCUCUCCCUCUCUCUUUCUCUCUGUCUCUCUCGUUUAUUGUAACAGUUUCCGCACUCCGCUUCACAAAUGGGUUCUGGAGGCCAUCCUAAAGAGAACCCUACAUGUAUUUUACUCUGGAUGUAAAUAAACGUCUACUAACCACAGUCACAUUUUCAGUAUAUCCUUGAAGACCCUCAACGGCACUAGAGCAAUAUAUGGAAUGAAACGUUAAUGCACCAGCAAUGAGAAAGAGAUGGGCACAUUUUACGAAAAGAUGUGCUCUAAUCCGUGGGACAGAUAAAUAAUGACCGUCGUCUCAGAAAGGGAUUUUACACGCGGGAAAAAAGACAAGAUGGAGAAUGAAAGACUCGAAACCAGAGGGACGUGGAGGGGUUUCUGGACAUUUGAUAAUUUGAUAUUGAUUCAAACCUCAUCAUAAAGAUGUGUGUGUUAUGUGUGAGUGUACUUCAGAGAAAGCAUUGCAAGAACUCACAAUACGAAACUACUCGUGUACAUCCAUGUCAGGUCAGAUUAGUUCAGUGAGUCACAUUUUGUAUGUGUCUCAAAUAUUUCCCUGCCCUUCAUUAUUUAGCAGACAAGUUGGAUUUGUUUAUGGCACACACAAUGUUGAUGUAAAAAACUGUGUUGCGCAACAUUGAGCAAACGUUUGCUUAACUAUUACCAAUGAAAGUAUGUCAGUUGUAGGCAAGAACCAUACUCUAUGCAAGUAUGUAAAUGCGAAUAACAUGCCAUCAUGCAUACUAAUGUGCGUUUUUGCGUGCGAUGUAGUGAUAUCACACCUUAGUUCUCAAGGGGGCGAUAGAGUUACCUUUGGAUAUUUGAGUGAUAGCGAUAGCUAAACAUGUUGAGAGUUUUACUUGCCUUAAGUAGCUUGCUCAGCUAGAAUUCACUUCAAACUGUUGCUCCGCCAUGACAGUAAAUCAACGGUUUGCUUCUCUUUUAUUAUUUACUACAUUUUAGUCCUGACAACUCUCGGAGUGGAUUAUUUCAACCAGCAUUUAGUGGCAUGGGGCAUGGAAUAUACACAUGCCUAAUUUUGACGUAGAUCUGCUACGCUGCUGCUGAGCUAAUACAAUAAUUUGUUCAGCUUAGUCAAAAUACCAAACAAAAGGACUGGCUGCUGCAAGAAAUGGUAGAUCUCUACAGGUGGUGCUGGGGAGAAGCUUUUAUAAUCGCGCAGAAUGCCGUUCACAGGCUACGGCAUGAUAUAAAUGGUUACGUGGAUUGGGAAGUACUUCUGAUUGGCCAAUGGCGUUGGAAGAACCAAUCAGUGUCUGAACUACGCAUUAAAUCUUGAAAGAAACAUUUGCGUUCUCGUACUUGCAUAGAGUUUCAGGCCUAAGAGAGAAUGACGCAUUUUGACCAAACCUGAGAAGAGCAUAUUUGUUCCGCUCUAUUAAUGAACUUUGCGUUUCUAGAGGAUACAGGAAGUGAUGUAACUGUCCUGAAUGAUGAUUAAGGUUGCCAUUAGCACUGCAGAGAAAAAUGCUGCAGUUUCAGCCACUAUAUACAGUGGUGGACAGAUCUGACCGGGUCAUUAAGAUGGAGAACAACGCCCCUACUCUUACAGUUAGAAAUGCUGCACAAUGCAUGACGCACACGGCCACGUCCGCAUGACUACACCAUGACCAGGGGUCGAUAACAGAGAAAUAUCCCACAGGCAGUGUUAUGGAUUGUUUUCUUGAUCGAUUGGAUCAGAUGUGGUUGAAGAAAAGGACCCGUGCCAUGGCACAAUUCACUAACUAUCUGUAGAGUGAUAUGCUCAACUGUCUUUAGCACAUGUGUCAAAUCUUUGACAGUUAGUGAUCUGACUCCAGGUCAGGAAAACAGUCCCACCUGUAGGUGCAAUGGCGUAAUGGUGGCACUGCCACUUUCUCUUUACUGAUGAAUGUUGCUAAUAUUGUGCUGAGAUUGAAAAAAAAAAAUGCAUUCUGGUAUAUAGUUUAUUAUUUUUUGUUAGUUUGUUUUUAAAUGAACAAUAAUGGGGAGUUUGUGUUUAAGGUUGAAAGUAGAACAUUUUGAAGAGACUGAAGAAAUGAUUUGUCCAUUGUUGUUGUAUGUUCUUUAAAAAGAAAGAGAAAAACCCUUGUGUCAAUUAUAUAGAU